AUGACGUCUUUUCAAGACAGGCAAAAAAGCCUGUUCAAUACUUUGAAAGAGGCUGAAGACCAAUACAGUUUUUCUAAAACAAAUAAAGCUACUCACCAAGACUAUGGUACUAUUGACAAAUACACUUAUAAGAAGUUGAAACAUGAAAUGAAACCAUUUAGAGGCAGGGAAAGUAUAUACAAAAAGCCUCAAGCAAAUAUUCGUGAGUGCCUCAGAGCUAAAACUAUUCCUGACCACAUUAAAAACCCACAGAAGUAUAAAUAUUAUUCCUUGGCCGAUGUCACUCCAGAACAAAUGUCAGACUCCACAAAUACUGCAACAGCACUAGCUCUAAUACGUGAGUUAGAAGAAAAAGAGGCAGCAACACAAAAACCAAUGGAAACUGACCUAGAUGAUGGUGUUUUCAAAAAACCCACAUUCUGUAUUUCUUCUUCUAUGAAAAAAUCACCCAAACCAGAAGAACCAGAAAAACCAGUAUUUAAAAGCAAUAAAGUGGUAAUGCCUGAGUAUGUGGUAGGAGUCACUAAGAAAAAAGAAAAGAAAGUAAAUUUACUGAAAAAGGAAAAUUCUAAUAAUGCUGCGAGUUCAAGCACUAAAGUGGAAUUGAAAUUAGAUCAUCUUUUUGAAGAUGAUGAAUGA